AUGACUUUCAACGGACACGGAUCUGAGUCCUCCACAGCUCCUGAAACUUCCAUUAUCUACACAGCCAAUACGCCCUCUGACACCGGCUCUAACGAUAACCUGGAUGACCACGAUUUCGUCGAUGCCGGCGUGUCUCAAUCUAUCCCGGUGCCCUGGCCAGGCUCUACCUUUAUCAUCCGAUCCAUCUCAUCUGGCCAUGUCAUCACGCUCCUUAACGGAAAAGUAAUCCUAGCCGCUCCAGGUGGCCGAGGAAGCAUCCAUUGGAAGUGUGAAGAGUCUGAAGGAUGGCUCGGCUUCCGCAACACUACUUCUGGUAAGCUUCUAGGUCAUGAUGUCAAUGGCAAUCUACACUGCUCGGCAAAUAAACUUGACGGCUGGGAAUUUUUCCAAACUAGGAUGAACCCGGAUGGUGGUUGUAUAUUACUUUUGACGCAUCGCUGGCACGCAUUCGAUACUCGUGUGAAGCUUUGGCAUGUGGGAUCUAAAAAGGAGGGGGGCACAGAGAAAUUGGCGAAGGUUGCAGAAGGAGGGACAGGUGGAAUCACUUGGGAUUUCAUCAAAAUUAUAGUGUGCUAG